AUGGCAACAUUUACAGGCUUGCCCGAUCACCUCGUUCUGCUGAUUUUACAGCACGUACCUAACAAUUCUCUCCUACCCCUGGCUACUGUGUCAAAGAGCUUCCAUCGCUGCUCAGUCCCUCAAAUCUAUCGCUACGUUCAUCUAUGGGAGAAUGGGCAGUCGCCCCCGCACGUCCCGGACUGGACAAGCAGAUACUUACAUCUAAGCGGCGUCGGCCUCGGACGGCCUCCUCCCUGGGAUACGCGGAUAUUUCACCUGUCGCUCUUUCUCCGCACUAUCACCGAAUCUGAGGCCUUACGCUCUUGCGUUGUUGGCGCGACCCUUACUUGUCGACCGGAUCAAGAAGAAACUGCCUUCCAGGUAAUUCAGCUAUUAGCACCUUCACUACAAGACCUCCACUCCAAGCGUAUGCUAGCCACAUACGACCGAAACGCAACGUUUCUACCUGCAAUUGGCUCCUUGGAAAUCGAAAUUCCUGAGGAAAGCGAAAUUGACUGCGAUACUGGAGACCUUAAAAAUAGCAUUGAUAAAGAGAAAGUUUGUUCCCUUUUCGACCUUUCUAACAUUAAAUUGCUCAGCUUGUCUGGUGUCCGGAAUUGGAAUCUCUUGGUACAAGGAUCUCUUGUGGAGAGAUCUGGUACCUCAAACAUCACAUGUCUAUCAUUAGCAAACACGGUUCCGGCAGAUCAGGGCUUGGCGGAGGUUCUCUCAUGGCCGAAGGUUCUGAGGUCUCUUCGUUACGAACUCCAACUUUCUGAAAUCCACGACGGAUUUUUCGGCCCUGUCCUUCCAGGUGAAGCUAGACUAUCGGCGAAAGAAUUCGGCCUUGCCCUUAGAUCGCAAGAACAAAACCUCGAGGAGCUAUUUAUCUACGGCGAUUCCGAGAGUGAUCGAUGCGGGUACGAACCAAGAGAAACAAUCGAUCUUCACUUAUUCGCUCACCUACAAUACGUUGGGCUCCCACUCACAUUCCUAUUCAUAUCAGAGGAGCAAGCGGCCUCGCGUGGUAUCUCGACUUCUGUUUCAUCAAUAUCAGAGAUCCUCUCUCCUGCUCUCACGGAAUUACAAAUCGAGAUACCAUAUGAAUACCGCUAUUCGACCUAUUUCUCAUUAGAACCUGAUGACAACGACCUAGAGCUUUCCCCGGGGGAGUUAAGUGCCUUCAUCUGCGAGAUUGUGCGGAACAAAACUUCUCGAUUUACUAAAUUGCGGACGAUCGCAUUUUGGCAGCAGGAUGUCGCGGGAAAUCCACGGGAGGUCUAUGACUUGGAAAGCGAAGCUUGCUGCGGUGAACUAGUUAAGGCUUGUAAGGCGGCCAAAAUUCAGAUAUCAUGGGUCGUGAGUAAAGAACCGCCAUUAUUUUAG